CCAGGAUGGUCGGGCGAAGAGCCGCUCUAUGUCGAGUUUGAGAAGGGCGACAAGCGUGAUCCGGCCAACUUUUCGCCCAUGCGCAAGCGCGCCAUCCUUCUGACAGGCUGUUUGUUUGCGGUACUGGUCGCCUCGUCUUCUUCUGCCUUUGCGCUCGGUUUCGCAUCCAUGGAGCGCGACCUGAAUUGUACGCACUUCCAAGCAACCCUCGGCAUCUCGCUAUACGCCCUCGGUUUUGGCAUCGUCCCCCUCGUCACGGCAUCCUUCAGCGAAGAGUUCGGCCGGCAACCGCUGUAUCUCUGGAGCGGUGUCGGCUUCCUACUCUUCACUAUCGCCACUGCAGUGUGAGCGCUCCCACGUCCUCGCUGUGAUUGCUGAGACG